UCUCAUCAUAAGAUAAUAUGCCAAAAAUGGAAAUGCCAGAAGGAGCAAAAUAUCUUUGAUCCACACAGACCUCUUCCACUUAUGUGCUUUAGCAAUCUACUGCCAGUAAUUGAAGCUGUCUAACUUUUUUACUUUCUUUUACAAGUGAUGUUUUUUGUUUUUUAUCACUAUCAGUUAGUAGGCAGAUAGAAGGAUGAACCCACGUAGCCUUAAUCCUUCAACUCCUAGUUCUGUUUCAUCUCGGCUCUUGAGGCUUAGCAUCCUUCUGCUACUCAGCCUUCCUGACUCCAGAGGAAAAGCAAUAUGGACAGCUCAUCUGAACAUAACAUUCCAGGUGGGAAAUCGGAUCAUAUCAGAACUAGGAGAAAGUGGAGUAUUCGGGAACCAUUCUCCUCUGGAAAGAGUAUCGGGUGCCGUGGUACUUCCUGAAGGAUGGAAUCAGAAUGCUUGUAAUCCAUUCACCAAUUUCAGCAGACCUGAACAGGCAGACUCUUGGCUGGCCCUCAUUGAAAGAGGAGGCUGUACUUUCACACAUAAAAUCAAUGUGGCAGCAGAGAAGGGAGCAAAUGGGGUGAUCAUCUAUAACUAUCCAGGUACUGGCAACAAAGUAUUUCCUAUGUCUCACCAGGGAACAGAAAACAUAGUGGCCGUGAUGAUAGGCAACCUAAAAGGCAUGGAACUCUUGCACUUGAUUCAGAAAGGCGUCUAUGUGAACAUCAUCAUCGAAGUGGGGAGAGUGCACAUACCCUGGCUGAACCAGUGUGUCAUGUUUUUGUUUACCUUUCUGUCAGCCACCGUUGCUUACAUUUUCUUGUACUGUGCCUGGAGAUCUGGUGUGCCCAUUUACUCCGCCAGGAGGCGAAGACAAGUGAAGGCCAAAGUGAGGACAGCUGUUGGUCAGCUUCAGCUUCGAGUACUCAAAGAAGGGGAUAAAGAGGUAGAUCCACAUGAGGAUACUUGUGUUGUUUGUUUUGACAUAUACAAACCUCAAGAUGUAGUACGUAUUUUAACUUGCAAACAUUUUUUCCAUAAGACAUGCAUUGACCCCUGGCUUUUAGCCCAUAGGACAUGCCCCAUGUGCAAGUGUGACAUCCUGAAAACUUAAGCACAGAGAACCUUCUGAAGGUUGAGAUUAGAUGAAUUCUCUUACCUCAAUUUAUAUGGAGAGAAAGUGUCAAAUCAGCUUCUCUACCCAAGUACUAAAGAAGGUGAAUUUAUGUGUUAUAAAAAUAAAACUCCAUUUCAUUUCCA